UUAUUGACGAGGCUCGCGCAGGGAAAAGAGCUCAGUCACGUCUCGGUAGAGGACGGUGAAGGUUACCUGCUUCAACAGUGCUUGAACGGCAACCUUUCAACUGUCUUUUCAUCCACCACUCGGUCCGAAAGAGAACAAUUUGAAGCGACGAAAACCGCCACCCGUUGUUGGUUCAUUUUGUAAACAGUCUCAAUUGCCUCUCGUUCGCAAGCUAACCGCUUGUUUUGCUAACUGCGCACGUCAUUCCAACGACGCUUCGACCGUGUCGCACUCGAGGCCUGCUUCUGAAUUCCGAACCAUGAGUUCCCAGGUCCGACAGAACUUCCACCAGGACUGCGAGGCCGCCAUCAACAGGCAGAUCAACCUGGAGCUGUACGCCUCCUACGUCUACCUGUCCAUGGCGUACUACUUUGACCGGGACGACCAGGCUUUGCGCAACUUUGCCAAGUUCUUCCGGGACCAGUCGCACGAGGAGCGCGAGCACGCCGAGAAGCUGAUGAAACUCCAGAACCAGCGAGGAGGCAGGAUCUUCCUUCAAGACGUCAGGAAGCCUGAGCGGGAUGAGUGGGGCAGCGGCGUCGAGGCCCUGGAAUGCGCCCUGCAGCUUGAAAAAAGCGUCAACCAGUCACUCCUGGACUUGCACAAACUCUGCUCCGACCACAACGACCCACACUUGUGCGACUUCAUCGAAACUCACUUCCUGGACGAGCAAGUCAAGUCCAUCAAAGAGCUGGCAGACUGGGUGACCAACCUGCGGCGCAUGGGCGCCCCUCAGAACGGCAUGGCGGAGUACCUAUUCGACAAACAUACCCUGGGCAAGGAAAGCAGCUAAAUCCCCUCCCGAUUUUCUCUUUUUGUUUUGCAUUUAGCUUUUCCGUGUACCAAAAAAUAAGGAAGCCACCUGCAUGCUAAGGCCAGUGUGUUUUAUUAUUCAUGUAGUAACUUCUUCCGCUUUUGUCAACUCCGUGCUUUCAGAGCUGUGAGCCGUUUGGGUGUCCUGCAUCUCAUCUCUAUAACGUGUUGUUUUACACCAGAUGUCAGGCAGACAAAAUAAACUGAUGCUUCAAAUGGAUCAGGAAGCAAACCUCA